CAGGCCAUUCUAUGAUUCUGUAACUGCAGUGCACAGUGGCUGUGCUGGGGAAAGUGAAAUAUGGGAGCAAGGUGAAUGGAGCACUGGGUGUGAGGUGUGCAGCUGGCACUUACACUGGGCUGCUGCAGCUGAUUAGACAACAAAUGGAGCUCAGCCUGAGAAUAAGGUGGAGGAAAAAACUGCCUGAGCAUCUUCUUCUUUAGAGCAAAUGAAAGGCGUGGGGUGCCUGGCAGAGCAGGGGGUGCUUCAGGUGUCCCAGCAGGACUGAGUGAGGGCUGCUGGUGGUGUCAGGGCCAUAUGGCAGAGGUCAGCUGUCAGGAGCCUGUCCUGGAUCAUCCUCUUAGCUUGAGCUGCUGAGCUGAGCUGUGCUGCCCUGCUCUGCUGGGCUCUGUGGUCAGCAGUGAGGCUGGAGUGUGAACGUGGGGGGAGCAGCUUCUUCCCACUGCAGGCUUACAUAGGCUUUGCUUUCCGACCCCUGAGUGCUUCAGGCUUGAAAGCAAGCCCGUGUUUACGGGUUUCGGACAAAGGCUUGGAAUGCAUCUGUGACAGUGAUUUCCCUUCCUCUGUUCCGUGCCAGAAACGUUUCUGUUGUUCUGAUCUCUGGGCUCAGCGGCUUCGAUUGUUGAGGAGCUGCUUUUCAGCCUCGUGGCAGCUUUGUGCUGUGCUGCCAUGGGGUUCUGAGGGCUGAGCUGGGAGGUGCUGAGCGCUUCCCUCCUCUGGGUGGUGGCAGAGAUGGGACAGGGGCAGCUGCAUUAGUGCUCACCUGCUUAACCUACAGCUGGGGCCAAGAGCUGCAUCUGCUGUGGAUUUACAAAGCUGGUGCCGACCUCACGCCUCCAGCACCAGGGGUGCCCUGCUGGGAAAUGCUGUAACGUGCACCAAGCACACACAGCUAAUAAAACCAGAAUAAGGGAAAAGUGCAGGGCUGGAAUUAGUUCCUUAUAUAAAGGGUUAGUGCUCCAAUCUCAUUAGUGUCUUAAGGAGCGGGCGCUCAGCUGCCUGCAGCUCCUGCAGCGCAAUCUGCUCAGCAAUCAGCUUUGGGAACCCAGCAGGUGCCUCCACACAGCCAGGGCCCGUGGGCAGCAGCUCGGGGCAGCGUCCCAGCAGUCGGUGUGUGGGGCAGCACGGCCAUGAAGCUGCCAUCCCACAUCCCAUAGCUGGGAUAGCAAUGGGGCAGCUGGGGAGGAGACGUGCGAGUCUGUGUGCCAGCCUGAAGCCUGGGGCACGGCGGGGCGGCCGAACGCCCGAGGAGGAGGAGCUGCACAUCCCGUUUGCACAGGACAGCCUGGUGAAGCAAUGGAGCUCCAUGCAGAACGUGGCAGACCGGAGCCAGGAGGAGAGCAAGGUCCCCGUUAGGAGGAACAAGUACUUCCUCAACAUUAAUGUGGGUGGCAAGCUGUUCCACAUCGCCUGCAGGGUGGUGGCCCGGUAUCCCGUCACCAGGCUGGGGAAGCUGGCCACCUGCACCGACCCUACGAAGAAGCUGAAGCUGUGUGAUGACUACUCCGUGCAGAAGAACGAGUACUUCUUUGACAGAGACCCUUCCAUCUUCCACUACAUCUUCCACUUCUACUGCAGCGGGGUGCUGUGGAUAAUGGAUGAGAUGUGCCCCAGCAACUUCGUGGAGGAAAUCGAGUACUGGGGGAUCCACCUGAAGCACUCCCAGCGCUGCUGCCGGAUCCUGUUUGAGGAGAAGCAGGACGAGCUCAGCGAGUACCUGAAGAUCCAGAAGGAGCUGGAGGCAGAGCUGGAGCCCACGGACUCAGCAGAGCAGUUUGAGGGCAAAUGCUUGGGGAAGUUCCGCAGGGCCAUCUGGAACCUCAUUGAGAACCCGUACUCAUCCGUCCCGGCCAAGAUCAUCGCUGUCAUGUCCAGCUUCUUUGUGCUCAUCUCCAUCGUGGGCAUGACGCUGAGCACGGUGGAGGAGAUGAAGCACAAGACGGGGAAGAAGUGGAUGGAGCAGAUGGAGAUGAUCUGCGCCAUCUUCUUCACCUCCGAGUACCUCAUGCGGCUCAUCUCCUCCUCCAGCUUCAAGAACUUCCUGCGGGCAGCGCUCAACGCCAUCGACCUGGUGGCCAUCCUGCCCUUCUACAUCCAGAUCCUCUUUGAAAACCUGGACGAAGGAGAGACGCUGUACCACGAGGAGCUGCACAAAGUGGAGAACGUGAGCAAGCUGGGCAAAGUGCUCAAACUCAUCAAGCUGAUGCGGAUCUUCCGCAUCCUCAAGCUGGCACGGCACUCCACGGGGCUCCGCGCCUUCGGCUUCACCAUGAGGCAGUGCUACCAGCAGGUCUGCUGCCUCUUCCUCUUCAUCGCCAUGGGGGUCUUCACUUUCUCUGCUCUCAUGCACUCGGUGGAGCACGACGUGCCGGGCACCAACUUCACCAGCAUCCCCUAUGCGUGGUGGUGGGCAGCGGUCAGCCUCUCCACCGUGGGCUAUGGGGACACAGUGCCCGACACGGUGCUCGGCCGGAUUGUGGCGUUUGGCUGCAUCUCCUUUGGCAUCAUCCUCAAUGGCAUGCCCAUCUCCAUCCUCUACAACAAGUUUUCGGACUACUACGCCAAGCUGAAGGCGCACGAGAACGAGAGCAGCCUCUCCCUGAAGCUCUCCAGGCGGCUCCGUCUGAAGCAGCGCGUCCUGCAGAAGCUGUCGCAGUGCUGCUGCCCCGACCCCAGGCACGUGGGGUGCUGAGCAGGGCAGCAGCCCCAGCAGCAGGGUUUAAUAAAUCAGCCCCAAACCGUGCUUUGUCUCGGGUUAUUGGCACAGUGCAGCAAGCAUGGUGACAGCAGGGAGUUCAAUAUUCCCACUGUUCAG